AAUACAGAUAAAACAAACCAAGCUCAAAGACCUGGAAGACCAGCUCCCGUGAACAAAAAUCCUGGUUCAUCGGCACAACAGAAUAGACGGCCCUCCGCACAUGAAGUGUUGCGAGAGAAAAACGCCUUCUUCGACCCGAAGGCUUUAAAAUCAAAGGAUAGUACAGAGAUAGUACACAUGCUAAACGAGGGCAUACUUCAUUUAAAGUUCCUUCUUCGAACAAAAGAUAAGAAGCACAACAACGACGAAUUCAUAUGUGAUCUUACUUCUACUCUGGGAAAGGCCUGCAGCGUUCCACCAGGCGAAAAUCUUAACAAGAUUCUGGCCACACUUAAAGGCUCCGCUUUCUUUAACUCAAAAAUUCCCAGUUUACUUGAUCGCCUUCAAGAGUCAACGGCCUUAAAUGACCAAUUAUCUCAACAAAGGUUCAUUGAGCAUCUCAUUGAAAUCUUCAUGAAGUACCUGACACAUUUGCCUAGUUCAUAUGCUGACCUACCUUACGUCCAGUUGAAAGCAGCCUUAGAUCAGUCAAGUGUUGAUAAGAAAGAAGAGCUACAGGCAAAGUUAGAUGAAUUUAAGCAAGCCAGAAAUGACGUCAUCAGAGGAGAAAGACAGAGGGAUGGGAAACGCUUUGUUAACAGGGCGGGGGAAAAGCCACCAAACGAUUUUAGAGACAUGCCAAUUUGUCCCGAGACCAAAGAAAUCACAAGUCAAGAACGAUCUUUUUUACGCAAGAACAUUUCAAAGGGUAGGUACGACAACGCCGAGCACUACCUUGAUGUUCAAUUUCGGCUGCUUCGAGAGGACUUUCUUGAGCCACUAAGGGAAGGUAUUCGUGAAAUUGUCCUCAAUAUACCAAGACAUCAGCGCAAACAAUUGAUGAAAAACUACCGCAGCGUACAAAUUUCUUAGAUACCAGCAGGUGGGCACAUUCCAAAAGACUCUUAUAUGGUUCAUUCCUAUGUCUUUCAAAAGACAACUUUAAAACGAUGCUUUUCGCGACGGUUUGUGGUCGCGAUCCAAAGAAAGUGAAGAAGGGACGAAUUGAGGUCCGAUUUAUCGAAAAUCAAGACGUUUUUGGGAUCGAGAGAAGCAACUGCGUUCACCAAAUGGUGGAGUCUCCCGCAUAUUUCGAAGCAUAUCGCUACGUUCUUAAAGGGUUACAGGAAUUAGACGAAACAACCUUGCCAUUUCAAAAGUAUCUGGUCGAGUGCAGUGGAGAAGUUGACCCACCAGAAUAUCUUAGGCGCGAUAAGAGUGAGGAGCCAGUUUAUUAUGACCUUUGCAAGGCCCUUCAGAUGCUGUAUUUACCAAACACCACAUCAACUGUACCUGUUCUGAGGCCUGAAGCUUGGCCCUCCGAUGAAGGACUUCCUCUCAAUAAAUCGCAACUCGAAGCGUUAAAGACAGCAAUUACAACAGAAUUUUCUGUUAUCCAGGGUCCACCAGGGACAGGAAAAACUUACGUUGGUGCCAAAAUUGUGCGUUGCUUGCUCGAUAACAGACGUGCUUGGGAUCCUCAUCAGACAUCACCAAUGCUGAUGGUUUGUUACACAAACCAUGCGCUUGAUCAGUUCUUGGAAAAGGUGCUAGAAUUUUUACCUAGCCGAAAAAUAAUUCGUGUCGGAGGAAGGUCCAAGAGCGAUAAACUUCAGAACUGCAACCUGAAAAAGUUUACUUACAGAUACAGACUGAACGGCAAACGUGAAGAAGUGAGGGAGAAGUUGCGGCAAAACGACAAAGAAAUGAAAAUGUUAAAGCAACAGCUUGCAAAGGCUGACCACAAACUUUUAGAUUUCGAGGACGUGGAACAACUAAUCAAUCCGGCACAUUUACAGCAGCUGUGUAAUGCUAAAUUUCCAUCCAAGGUGGCUAACGAGAGUCGCACUCCGAGCAACACUUUCAAGUUGUGGCUAUGUAACAACAAAGAGAUGGCUUGCAAUCAAAAGGCAGAGGCACCAACCCAUGCAAAAUGUGUUGAAAGUGAAGAAAAGGAAUUGUUUUAUGACCCAACUAUGUUCACAGAACCACAAGAUGGAAGUGAAACAUCCCUUGGAGAACCUUUAGCAGCAGUUAAUGUAACGGCAUUUGACGUAGCUAAACCCGAUUUUCAGCAGGCGAUGAAAUUCUCAGAACCAUUAGAACCUUUAGCAGCGGUUAAUGUAUCAAACGAAGUAGCUAAAGCCGAUCUUCAGCAGAAGAUUAGCAUCUCAGAGCAAAGAGAGGUAAACACAAACUUUUAUGAGCGUGAAUUACUAAGUGAUUUGUCAGAGGAACAAAGAAGUACCUUCCUGAGUGAACAGAUGGAAAUCAGGGCUUCUCAAGACGUUUCUCAAUUAAACAACAGUUAUUUGGAACAUACAGCCUCAAAAGAAGGUGUUGAUUUCAUUCAAGGGACUGAAAACCUAGAAGUAGAGGGAAAACCUAGUGAUGGAAAUGCUGAUAAAAAACGAGAGGCGGAUGAAGAAACUAUUGCAAUAGAGAGGGAAGCGGAUUUGAUACAGCAACAAAGAUGGAUAGAGGGUGAUGAAGAUCUUCUGCUACCUAUAUCAAAAGAAACAUGUGGCUUAAUGAGUGAAGAACAACAAAAACGAGGGACAAAUAAGGCAAAUGACGAAGACGAAUGGACACUUGUCACGCAUAAGAAAAAAGGCCAGUCACAUUUCUGGAUGCCAAAUGACGCAGAUAAUUCUAAAGAGGACGGCAAAUUGGAUGAGGAAACGGAAGGAACAACGUCUUCAAAGAGAAAGAAGAAAAGAAGAAAGAAAAACAAGAAAACGAAAGUUAUUACUGAGGAAAAAGGUCAGUCACAUUUCUGGACGCUAAACGACGGGGAAAAUUCUGCAGAGGACGGCAAAGUAAAUGAUGAGGAAACGAGGGAAACAAUCUCUUUAAAGAAAAACGUUAUUACGGAGGAUAUUAACUCUAUACGUAAAGACCUAAGCAAAAGAGAAAUGAUGUCCACCGAGGAAGCGUUUGGCAUUCAAAGCAUCUGGGAUAUGUCACAAUCAGAUCGACUCCGACUAUACCUCUUCUGGAUUGAAAACUACCGUGAACACUGCAGGGUAGAAAUUCACCAUGCUGAACGGGCAUAUGAACAGCUUUGCGAAGAAUUAAAGGAAGUGCAAUUUGAGGAGGACGAACAAGUCAUCCGUCAGGCGACCGUUGUUGGAAUGACAACCAGUGGGGCGGCGAGAUAUCACUCAGUUCUUCAAAGGAUAGCUCCUAAAAUCGUUGUUAUCGAAGAAGCUGCCGAGGUGAUGGAAGCCCAUAUUAUCACUUCUCUUUCGCACAACACCAAACACACAAUUCUCAUUGGAGAUCACAAACAACUCCGCCCCAAAGCGACUGUUUACGAAUUGGCCCAGAAGUACAACCUGGAAGUCUCACUCUUUGAGCGAAUGGUGUUGAACAGCAUGGAUUGUAAACGCUUAUCUAUACAGCAUCGCAUGCGUCCUGAGAUUGCCACACUUACAAAAAGAAUCUAUGAUCAUGAAAUUGUAGAUCACGAUUCAGUUUGCAAUUUCCCGCCAAUAUCUGGCCUUUGCCACAAUCUCUUCUUCAUUGAUCACUGCCAACCCGAAAAACUAAUAGGAGGCUUACAAAGUUACUCUAACCAUCACGAGGCUGAAUUCUUAGUGGCCCUUUGCGAAUACCUUCUACUCCAAGGAUACGAACGAAAGCAGAUCACUAUUCUAACCAUGUAUACUGGUCAGUUGCUGCUUCUUCAAGAGAAAAUGCCACGACGAGCUUUCGAAGGAAUUAAAGUCUGUGCAGUUGACAACUUUCAAGGUGAAGAAAACGACAUCAUUCUUUUGUCGCUAGUAAGAAGCAACUCUGAAGGUCGCAUUGGCUUUUUAGGCGACUCCAACAGAAUCUGUGUCGCGUUGUCACGUGCCCGCCAAGGCUUUUACUGCAUUGGAAACUUCAAUCUACUGACAAGCCAAUGCAAGCUUUGGAAGGAGAUCUGUGAUGAUUUAAAGACAAAAGAAGCCAUCGGUGACAAUCUACAAUUGAUUUGUAAGAGACACAACAAUGUAACGAAUGUAAGAUGGGCACGCGAGUUGAAACAGUGCGAACUUGGAGGUUGUACAAUGCCGUGUGGAGACCGCCUAGAAUGUGGCCAUGCGUGCGAAAAGCUAUGUCACGUCUCGUACGUUUACCACGUAGUGUGCUACAAAAUGUGCUUUAAUUCGUGUCCCGGUGGUCACAAAUGUCAUGACAUGUGUCAUUACCCAAGAGAGUGUCCCAAGUGCCCCGUUCUUGUGCGAAAGACGCCUGCCUGUGGUCACGAACAAUCCUUAAGGUGCAGCGUUGACCCAGAUGACAUCUCGUCUGGAUUCAAAUGCGAGAAGAAGGUCAUAAAAAUUCUCCCGUGCGGACACAAUAAUCUUAUGAAAUGUUACAAAGAUCCCAUCAUUUACAGCGACUGCACCAGCAGUUGCACUAAAGUUUUGGACUGCGGCCACACUUGCUCUGAAAGAUGUACACAGGAAUGCCAAUGUGCCACCAUGAUAGAAAUUCAAUUGCCAUGUAACCACAGGAAACAAGUAUUGUGCCGAGAAAAAAAUAAUUCAAUCGUGUGUAAAGAAAAGUGCGAGCGAGCCUUGAAUUGUGGGCACGCAUGCCCUGGAAUCUGCCAUGAAGAAUGUGCAAGGAAUUUAUGCAAGAUCGAAGUUUUGAAAGACCUUCCAUGUGGCCACCAAAAAAUUGUUCGUUGCUACCAAGAUCCCCGAAACGUAUUUUGUUCUUCUGUAUGUCAACGACUUCUGAAUUGCGGUCAUAAGUGUCCUUUGCUGUGUGGUCGUGUGUGCCAGGAAAUUCGGUGUAAAGAGUUGUGUCAAAAGAGAUGCCAAAGAGACCACCCCUGUCAAAGGCAAUGCCACUUUGGUUCACCCUGUUAUGAGUGCACAGUGCCAGUGAAUGCGACGUUCCCCACAUGUGGUCACAACGUUAAAGUGCCCUGUUUUAUUAACCCAGCUUCACUGACAUGCAAUCAGCCAUGUGAAAGAUUGAGAGUCUGUGGACACCCCUGCAAAGACAUAUGCGGCAUAGACUGCGAAACUCGACCAUGUCAGGCACCUGUAACCAGGCUAUUAUCAUGCAAACAUGUUGUGCCUCUUGCUUGUCACAAAAAUACUGAAACGUUCAUUUGCAAAACUAAAGUUGAAGUACUUUUGCCAUGUGGGCAUAAGACUUGGUUGGAAUGUCAUGUCGUAAAAGCAGGGUUUAACGAUGCUUUAUGCAUAGAAAAGGUAGGAAACGAAUUGCGUUGCGGCCAUAAAGUCAACCUUCCACAGUAUUGCUUCCAAGAAAAGGUGGAAAUCACACUUUUUUGCGGACACAAGAAGUUUACAACAUCCUCUAGGAAGCAAGAACAAUUUCAGAGCGGAAGAUGUAACGCAAAGGUGAAGAGAAGACUACCUUGUGGUCAUGAAAAGGAGAUGCAAUGUUCAGAUAAAGCAGACAGAGUUUUCUGCGAUAAACCGUGUGAACGCAUUCUCCCAUGCAAACACCCAUGCGGAAAAAGAUGUGGUGAUGACUGUGCAAGCUUUAGAUGUGUUGUCGAGGUUAAAAAGGUUUUGAGUUGUGGGCGCCAUGAUGUCAGUUGCCUUUGUUCUGAGGAUGUUUCCCAACGUAUUUGUUCAAAUCCGUGCACUCGGAGUUUGUCUUGUGGCCACCAGUGUCCUGGAAAAUGCUAUGAGAUAUGCAGUGAGUACAAGUGCCAAAUGUUGGUUGUUAAGAAUCUACCUUGUGCAGGAAACCACUUUCUGAAAAUGUUUUGUAAAGAUGACCCCAAUAUCAUGGCAUGUCGAGCGCGUUGUGAUCGCAAACUAGAGUGUGGUCAUCGAUGCCCUGGAUUUUGUAGUCAAGCCUGUGGCGCAAUCAUUUGUAGACGUAAGGUGGUGAAGGAAUAUGGCUGUGGCCAUAAACAACAAGUACGUUGCUUUGAACGUAAAACUGUUAUUUGCAAAGCACCUUGUGCACGUCAAGAAAGAUGCACACACAAGUGUAAGGGGUUCUGCGGGGAGCCCUGUUCCAAAUAUUCCUGCCAAGUUCCUUUGGUUAAGACCUUGCCGUGUGGUCACAAGGUUAAGAUGCCUUGUAGCUUCUCUGUUGAUGAUGUACAAUGUCCUGCUUCUUGUCAAGCUCAGCUGCCGUGCGGUCACGAAUGUACUGGAACUUGUUGGGAGUGCAAGCAAAGGGGAACACAUGAAAUAUGCCAACAUCCUUGUAGCCGAGUUCUCGUUUGUUCACAUCGUUGUCAAGCAACGUGCGGCAGGCCAUGCCCACCUUGUGUUAGAAAAUGCAGUCGCCGUUGCCCUCACAGUAAAUGCCCCAAAGAGUGUUUACAACCAUGCAGACCAUGCAUAAAACCAUGUACUUGGAUUUGCCCCCAUUACCAGUGCAAUAAUCCAUGCGGAGAGGAAUGCGAUCGCCCUCGAUGUGACGCGCCCUGCCCCAAGAAGCUUCCUUGUCGCCACCCGUGCAUUGGUCUGUGUGGAGAGAACUGUCCCACUGUGUGCGCUAUUUGCCACUCUAAAAAGCUCUCGUCCAUGAUUGGCCAAGGAAAUUUUAAAGCAACAGAAGGUACAAGAUAUCUGCAGCUUUUAGAUUGUGGUCAUAUUGUAAAGGUUCAAGAGAUGGACGAAUGGAUGCUACGUGAUAUGGGAAGUGAUGUCAAUCACAUUCAGUGUCCUAGAUGCUCUACACCGAUUACGUUCAGUUAUCGGUAUGGAAAUAUCGUGAAGAGGACCCUGAGAAGCAUGGAAAAUGUUAAGAAUCAAAUACGUGAAAUUGGAAAUGAAACCACCAGGUUUACCAGAGAGCUUCUUGGAAAAUUGCGUCUCCCUCCAAAAGGAAUUCUGACUUUAGCUGGCAAACUGUCAGGACUUCUAGGCUCAACGGCGUUGUAUAACGUACAAAUGCACCACAUUCCCUUUGUUUUUUCUCUGAGAAACAGCCUUCUUAUCAUCCAUCAAAUUGAGAAAGCGUUUCUCAUUUUGCAAGCAGUUGGAAAAUGUCAAGAUCAGCUUCAGGUAACGGAUCACUCGAGAGCCAUCAAAGAUGCUUUAGAAAAGAUCUCAGAUUACCUCACGACCCCUCAGUUUGACUUGGCAACUUUGAGACAAUUAUAUGAACAUACAAGAACGUUUACCAUUUUCGCUUCCAUUUUAGAAGCUCAAUGCCAAGUCAUCACUUGCGGCGGAUCUUUUUCCAGCACUGGGGUAUCAUGUUUAAAAAAUGCUCAAGAAAGGUUCGAAUUAUUCAUUAAAGGAAACAGUAAUAUCCUUCAAAAUGAUUGGCUAGAAAAAAUCGCAGCUUCUUUGAGGAACGAGGUCGGCCUUCUACCCCUUCCACCCGAGGAACCCAAGACUGAAUUCAAGAACUUCCCAGGCUAUAACACCAGUGUGUGGAAAUUGUGCAAACUACAUGGUCAAGUGUAUCUCACCACAUCAUUUAUGCGUGAAGGAGAGAAUGUGAGCGAGAUAAAUGGUUGCAGACAAUGCGAUGGCACAGAUGACACUGACGAAAAUAGUGGAUAG